AUGGAGAAAAUCAAGUCAUUGACUGCGGAUUCUCCCAUGACUGAUGUUACAUUGCUUGACUCUUCCGUUGAUCAAAAGCGAUUAUCCUUACCUUCGCCUCCUUCUACUCCGGCGCCCCGCACUAAUGUAUUGCGAGAUAUAGCUAAUAUUAUCAAUUCCGAGACGGAUUUUGGUACCUCCGGAAGAAAAAACCAUAACAUGGACGUCUCUAGAAAUGUGUCUAAAGACCAUAGUUCUCGUGCUGUCACUUUUACUCAAGGAUGUUGCUCUUUUAAUCUUACGCCUCCUAGUACUCCAUCCAGUAUAUAUGAUGAGGAGUCGAUUGCUCGUCAGAUCGCAAAAUUAUAUGUUGGUCCGCAAAAGGAACAAACUACUGUUGAAGAGACAAUUUCAAUCUCUAAAUCUGGUCAAGGUCUAUUUUGUUUCCCUCCAGCUGUGUCAAAAUCUGAAACAAGGCCGUCGACCCCUUCUCCAGUCGUAACCUCUGCUGGUCAUAAAUCAACUUUAAAUGGUUCCGAGAUGUUUGGUUGUACUUGGGGUGCUUUGCCUUCUAGGUGGUUGUAUGUCUCAAAUUUUCCUACUGACGUUAACCUUUGGCGCCACAUGAGAUCAAUUUUCGAGAUUUAUGGUGACGUCCAAGAAAUUCUUGCUGGAAUCGGUUAUGCUUAUGUGAUCUAUUAUGAUCUUCGUGACGCUGUCAAGGCACACCAAUUUCUUCGUCAUCAAGACGCGCCUCAUAAUCAGCGUAGAUUGGAAAUCCAGUUUUCUUCUAAACCAUGCGCUGUUCAGGAAUUGCCAAAAAUCCAAGGUAAUGAGUGUGAUUGGAUGAACGAAGGUGUCAUCAUGGUUUCUUGGUUUGGUGCACAAUCAAUUAAAUCUGCAAUCUUGGAUCGUUUCGACGAAGUGGGUACGAUUAGAAUUGCCAGAUCCCUUUCAGCUGGACAAACUCUGGUCCUUCUUAUUGAAUACUACGAUACACGCGCUGCUCGUGCUGCAAAAGAAUCGAUAAAUGGCAUAAUUAUUGAGGGCGUUCAAAUCCGUGUCCAAUAUUAUGAUGCCGGUUCACAGUCAUGGGAUGCAGUUGCUGAUGACUUCAAACGUCAUCAAAAAACUGGUUUGGCCAUUCCUCCGCCUCCGCGUCAGUUCCCUGUUGCCCCUUCACCGGAUCUAGAAAAUAGAUCGGAAGAUUUGGCAAAAUUUUCUCCAUCACCACCCGAAAAUAGUACCGUGAUUUCAUCUGGCCUUGAUAACCGUACCACAUUCAUGAUUAGAAACAUUCCAAACAAGUAUACUCAGGGAAUGCUGUUGGAUUGGCUAGACGAAACCCAUUGUGGUCAAUACGAUUUCGUCUACUUACGUAUCGAUUUUAAAAAUAAGUGUAAUGUCGGAUACGCUUUUAUUAACUUUGUAGAUGUCAGUGCCGUACUUUCUUUUGCUGAAGCACGCGUUGGAAAAAAAUGGUAUUUACAUUUUCAUUAUUUCGUUAAAAUUAUUUACGUUAAAAGUUUUUUAUACGAUUAUCACUAA